AUGUUCUCCAAACCAAAGACCAUUCACUUCAAAAUCAACGAAGCUCAAACCGAAGAGGUCGUCAUGAACCCCAAGGAAGACCUCUCCGAAAUGUUGAGUAAAAUCGCUUCCGCCCAUCAAACCAUUGCACCUAGUACAGAUGAACAUGUUCUCUUCGUGAUGGGUCAUCCCGAAUUACUUGUUCCAUGGCAAACCAUCACUAAAAAUCUCCUCAAAGAACAACUUUUAUUAGAAAUGAAACCUUUCUGGUAUCCAAAAAAGAAUUCUUCAUCGAAUGCAUCCUCUUCUUCGAAAAAUCAGAUCAAAAAAGUCAGAACGGAUAAAUCGGAUGUGACUGAUCGAGUGUUUGGUGGUCGAUUGGAACAACAUUAUUAUUUAGAAGAUGACACCAAUCCAAAACGAUUUUUAAAGUUACCUCCAAUCUUGUACAAAAUUUUUGAUUUUUUGACAAGUGACCGUGCUGUGAGAAGUGUGGGUUUAUUCCGAAUGUUGGCGCCUUCCAGUCAAACCUUGCAAUUAAUUGAACAAUUUAAUGCCAAACAAAAAGCAGGAGAUAAUUUCAACUCGAUUGUUUUUGAUAACACGACCGAUCCAAAUGUUGUUGCCAAUUUGUUAAAAGAAUAUUUACGAAAUUUACAAAUUCCAUUGUUGCAUCCAGUGACAUCCUUUAUGGAAAUUUCACAAAUUCAAGACACAGACAAACGACUUGUGGAAUUUAUGAAAGCAUUCAAAAAACUCGAUCACAAUAUUUAUCGAAGAGUAUUUCGUGAAUUAAUUGAAGUGUUGAAUGAAUUUAUUUAUCAUUCACAUUUAAACAAGUUAAAUUCUCGAGUUCUUAGUUUAUGUAUUGGUCCCUAUCUCUUUCAACAACAGAAAGAUCAGUCCAUUCAGUCACGAAGUACCAAUUCUCAAUUUUAUUACAAUAUUAUUGGAAUGUGUAUGGAACAUUUUGACAAGUUGUUCACAGAAGGUUAUGAUUAUAACACACUUGAAGGAGGGUUUUCUGAUGAUGCUGCUGGUGACAAGAGAAGUGGAAAUACACUUGCUGCAUUUUUAGAAAAGAUGAAAGAUAAGGGUGGUGUUUCGAGUGCUGCCAAUUCAUUCCUUUCAGAUGUGACUGGAAAAAAAAUCGAAAAUUCAGAGCAAGAUCCAUCGAAUUCUUCAGCUGUAGUAUCCAACUCGAAUGUUCCUGGUACCAAUUCGACACCAGGUGAUGACAUGAGCGAUGUUCAAGAUAAAUGGAGAGAAUAUGUGGAAAGUUGGAAACUCAAAUAUAAGAAUGAAAAAGAAGAACAUGAAAAAGCACAAGCUAAAUUGGAUGAACUGAAAAAGGAUUGGGCUAAAGAAAAGAAGCAACUCGAAGAUGAAAUGCAACAGCUCAAAAUGCAGCUUAGUAGCAGUGACAUUACAGAAGAUGAUGAAAUUAUUCAACUCGAAGAAGAAAGAAAGAAGCUCAUCCGAGAAAUCGAGAGAGAAAGAGAACGUUAUAAAUUGGAGAAGGAUUCACACGAUGAGAGAAUGAAAAAGAUAAAACGAAGACAAUUGUUGGCCUUGAAAAAGAUGGGCAUUGAACCAACCAUGGACGAUGCCACCAAUAACAAACUUUCUCCAGAAUUCUUUAAAUUGAGAAGACAAGGAGUCGCUGCUGUCACAUCGUCAGAUCAACAACAACAACAACAGGAAGACGAUUUGGGAUCUGUUUCAUCAACCCUAUCUUCGUCAGCCACUCGAACAACGGUUGGAAGUAAGAUUCAGGUGAAUGAUCGAUUUAAAAAGAAAAAGUAG